GUCACUGCUCUGUACUGUAGGUUUAGGUUUAUAUUUAGAAUUGAGAUGAAUAUAAAUUUCAAAAGAGGAUUUUUAAAUAUGAUUGCAACAUUCCUCUACUGAUGAAGGGUCUAUAAAUUUCUACUUCUAGAUGUCCAGAAUUCUAGAUUAUGCUUAUUCUGCUUCUAUUUCUCCAGAUUCUUCAACCAGUGCUCUUCAUAUGAAAAAGUGCCAUUAUCACCCACUUUGACAGAAUUUGUACUUCAAAAUGGCUUCUUCUGUUUUAAAACUGUUCAUAGUUUUCAGAAAGUCUGUAAUAAGCAUUACUGAAGUCAGAGAAAAUGCCCAACAGUUUUUUGAAGCUUAUAAUAAAAGAAAUAAAUUAAACUGCAAAACUGAAAUAUUCACUGUUCGAAAUGUUGAUGUAGAUUUAGUAUAUCAAGCAGAAUUAUAUGAAAUGAAUAUAUGACUAGAUUAUUCAAACUGUCCUAAAUUUCAUACAAAUGACCAGUUUAAAAAAAUAGGUAAAGAUUGGUGUGACAUAAGCAAAAACAAACUGUCUCAUUUAUGGUUAAGACUUGCAGAUCGUUCUGUUCUGCAAAACAAAGGAAAACAGUCUCAUCCUAAUAUUGAAAUCACCGAGAUGGCAUUUGGCACUCUACCUAGUAUGCUGCAUUUUAUGCAGCACUAUUUUUAUGAAACUAAAUCGAAAGAUAAAGAACUAAUGUGUACAUUCUUGCACAAUCAGAGGUUCUUUGCUUUAUAUGCUUGUUUGAAUCAUAAUAUGAAAAUGAAUUAUAAUGGAAAAAAAUCUGAAUGCAAGUAUGCAGGACAAACAUUUAAAUUUAUUGUGUAUUAUAAAUCAAUCAUCAGAGCAGUUAUCAAUGAUAUAUCGGAUAAAGAAAUUGUACAAAUUUUUUUCAUUCUGAAGAAUUUUCCAUUGGUUUACUGUGAAAAGAAAAAUAAAAAAGAUGAUAAGGAAGAAAUUAAAGGUGGUGGUUCAAAAGCUGUAAGUUUAGCUUCAGAUCAAGAAUAUCAAGAAAAGAAAUGGGAAAGGUCUUUAUUUUUUGGUUGUAAAUGCAAUAAUUCAAUUUGUUAUAUAACUAAUAUUGGUAAAUGUCCUGUGUUUAAGAUAGUUUUUGCUAAAAAACAUCGAGCUUAUGGUAUAAUAGACAGAUUAAUUCAAAGAUGUUCUCGGAAUACACAUUUCUUCUACAGCAAAGUGAAAACUGAGAUACCAAUGAAAAAACUUAAUGAUUUUGAAACGUUUCCGUCUGAUACGAAAUCAUUUGAUCAUAUAAUUGAUAGAAAUAUCGUUUCAGAUAAAAUUUUUGCUUCUCAGUAUGCAUGGGAAGUUCUCAAUAGUCUAUCAUUUGAAGUCCAAGAUCAGAUUAUAUUAAAAUAUCACAUAGAUUCUAAAACACAUCAUUGGGAAAUCAUUAGAGAAUAUUUAGAAAAAUGUAUGAAGAACGUUGAUGCUUUUGUUAGUGCUUUGUAUCACAUUAGUGAAUUCAUAAGCAGGAAUGAAGUAUUCACAUUUGAAGAAGUUUUUAUCAAGUGUUUCCGUUACUAUCAAAGAAAUUCAACUCAAUUUGAUCCACCAAAAGGAAUGUGUUUUGUUCGUCGUCUGAUUAUUACUCCUUCUCGCCUGAUUUUCUUGCCUCCUUCAGAGCAUUUUGACAACCGUAUCAUAAGAGAAUAUGGUUCAGAAAACUUGUUGAGAGUUUCGAUUCAAGAUGAUGAUUUCUCAAAAUUAACAUUUGCUGUUCAAUAUCAUACUAGGAAGAAAUAUUUUAUGGACAGGGUAGCUCGGAACCUCUUAAACAAGGGUAUUCCAAUAGGGCCAAGACAUUAUGAAAUACUUGCUGCAUCGAACAGUCAAUUAAGGGGGCAUGGAUUGUGGAUGUUUGCAGAGGACCAUGAAGGAAAUACUGCUGAAAAAAUUAGAAAGUGGAUGGGAGAUUUCAGUCAUAUUAGAAAUGUAGCCAAAUACAUGGCAAGAAUGGGACAAUGUUUUUCCUCUUCUGAAGAAGCUGCACAAAUAGAGCUGACUGAUGAUGAAAUAGUUAAUGUUGAUGAUGAAACAAAUGGUGAUUAUAUAUUUUCAGAUGGAAUAGGAAUGAUUUCUAAAGAAUUAGCAAAUGAUGUGAGAAAGGCACUAAGCACAAGAUUACUUAAUCGAGUUGAUGAUAGUGGGCCUCAUUACAAACCAUCUGCUUUCCAAAUUCGGUUUAAAGGAUGCAAAGGUAUGGUAGCAGAGAAUUUCAUUUUAGAAGGUCGUAAACUGGUCAUUCGUCCUAGCAUGAAGAAAUUUUCAUGUGAUUCAUCAAAUUUAUUAGAGAUUAUCAAAAUAAGUGCUCCUAGUGGAUUAUUUCUGAAUCGCUCAUUAAUAACAAUACUGGAACAGCUGGGAAUAAAAGCAAAUGUUUUUCUCAGGCUGCAAAUAGAAAUGGUUUUGGACAUGACUGAUGCUCUUAUCUAUGAGAAAAAGGCUUGGAAAAUGAUGUCCAAUCUUACAACUCUGGAUUAUCCUUACAAGAAACUUCUCGAGGCUGGAAUUUGCCUCACACAAGAGCCAUUCUUUCGUUCUCUUCUGCUAUCUGUAUAUAAAAAUGCUAUAGAUCAGCUUCGUGUAAAAGCUCGCAUUGCUAUACCUCCUGAGUAUGGGAGAAAUAUGCUAGGUGUGGUAGAUGAAACAGACACAUUAGAAUAUGGUCAAGUGUUUGUUCAAUAUUCAGAAGAACUGGGAUAUAUAGAUUCUCCUACUAAAAUAUUAAAACGCACAGUAGUUGUCACAAAAAAUCCAUGCAUGCAUCCUGGGGAUGUGAGGAAAUUAGAAGCAGUUGAUGUUCCAGCUCUUCAUCAUAUUAAAGAUUGUAUAGUUUUUCCUGCCAAAGGGAAAAGACCUCAUCCUGAUGAAAUGGCAGGAUCAGAUUUGGAUGGUGAUGAAUAUGUAGUGAUAUGGCAUGACGAUCUGGUGUUUCCAGAAAAAAAUUAUCCUCCAAUGGAUUAUCCACCAAAUCCAGAAGAAGAGCAUGUAGGCGAAAUACAAGUUUCUGAUAUGAUCGAUUUUCUUUGCAAAUACAUUCAGAAUGACAACAUUGGUGUGUUAUCCCAUGCCCAUUUAGCUUGGGCUGAUGUCCACCAUGAGGGUAUCUUCUCAGAAGUUUGUAUGAGCAUAGCCAAAAAGUACCCAUUAGUCUUGGACUUUGCCAAGUCUGGAUACACCUGUUAUUUGAAUUCUGAAGAGAAGGCUAAAUUGUAUCCUGAUUUUAUGGAAAAAGGUGCUGCCAACAAUAGUCGUAAGUCAACCAAGGCUUUAGGUUAUCUUUACAGAGUGGUGAGAAAUCUGGAGGCAUGUGUAAGUAAAGUGGAUGUUGCCAAUCUGGAGCACAAGGUUGAUGAAACAUUGGUCUAUUCAGGAUGGGAGCAUUACAAAGACUCUGCUGAGAAUCACAGGAUUAAGUACACGAACAGGAUAAAGAAUAUAUUAAAGAAAUAUGGCUUGCAAAAUGAAGCAGAAGUUCUUACUGGAUAUGUUGGAAAAAUGAAUGAAUACUCUACAAAUCGUUAUGAAGCAGAUAACACUCUUUCUAUUGCUAGAACAUAUAUUAUAGAUGCUAUUAAACGAUUCAGAGUGGAAUUUUAUAAAGCUUUCAAUGCUGAAAUCCAGACAGACAACAUAAGAGAAAGUGAGUUAAAAGAAGUUAAAUAUCGCAGAGCAUCUGCGUGGUAUAUUGUUACUUACAGUAAUAAGGACUCUUCAGUACUUAGUUUUCCAUGGAUCCUUCAUGAUCUGCUAUGUGAAAUAAGAGAAAAAAAUCUUAAAGCUCCUAUACCCGUACCCAGAAGUUCUUUCAUUGAAUCUUCAGAUGAAGAAUUGAUGCAUAUGUGUGAUCAAGAUCGUGGUGAUACAUGCUACUGCAUUUCAGUAUUGUAUAAGCAUGUUCAAGACUUGAUGACUAAAUCUUCUUUAAACUUAACUUUGUCUUCUGACAAUACUUUCUGUCGAACAUGUUUAAACAGAAUUAUUAACAAUUUCAAGAAAACUUGUGAACUCCAAUGUUGCUCAUUUAAGAAAAGAACUUGCCAAUGUAAAAAUUCUUGCUCACCAAUGAGGCUAGUCCUGAAGUUUUUGAAAUUUUAUGCUGCAAAAAUAUGCAAAGAAAUUACUCAUUGCUCUGGUUAUAUGCCUACAGGUAUAUGUAAAGGGUUUGAUGAAUUGAAUUUGCAGUCAGUUGCUCUCAGAACUUAUGCAUCUUUAGCCAUAACAAAGGACAUAAGAUGUUUGAGCAUAAACGAAAAUGAAUAUAUGACCUCAUCAGUGGAUGAUAAUCUUUAUGAAGAAGGUGAUCCAAUCCGAGUAAUGGUUACUGUGGAUUUUGAACGCCUAUACACUGAACAUAGUGAGGAAGUGAAAGCCAAACUCAAAGCAUUAUCCGGUGUAAGGGACAUAUUCAUAUCAUCUGAUAAAGAUGGCCAAGGGAAUUGGUUCUUCUUAGUACAGUCCAUUGGUAAACGAUGGCAGAGAUGGAAUUUAGAGGAACUUAUUAUGGAUGAGGGCAUAGUUGAUAGAUUAAAAUCAUGUUUUUUAAUAUGACAAUAUAUUUGUCCAUUUACUGAUUUUUAAAAUGCCUAAUAAAAUUCUAAUGAAAAUGUAAUGACAUUUUAAGAUGUCCUUUACAUGAUAAUUUCUAUAUUUUCUGGGUUAUUGAUAGAUAUUCGGAAAAUGCAUAUAUCAUUUCAAGCAACAUUUCGUAAUUAAUUGGUUGAAAUAGGAUGAGAAUGAGAUUUUUGGCAACAAAGUACAUUAUCCCCUAAUGUCAAAAGAACAUCAGAUUGUGAAUUUAAAAAAAAAAUUGAACAUUUAUUUAUUUUAUGAUAUUUAGUAAUUUGUUAUGAAUUAUUUGUAUAGUACUUAUAUUUUUAAAACACAAAAAGCAUUAAGUUUUAUAUAUUAUGUUUUUAUAAAGAAUUUUUAUAUUAGUAUUUUAUGAAUUUUAAUAUGUGUUUUUAAAUUGAAGGAUGAUAUUACAAUAAUAUAAAUGCAAUGAAAAUAGUAUAACAUGAUAUAAUUUCAUGUGUUAUGUUCAAGUAAAGAAUUACUUUUACUAGAAAUAUGAAUUGAAUCAUGAAUUUUAGUUGAAGUCACAUAAAAGUGACAUAUUAUUUUUUAAAGUAUGAAUGACUGUUUUUAACGUAUCGAAAUAAUCAA